AGGCUCUUUUCAAUUUACUGUCCCUUUCAUUUGGCUUAGGAAGUAAUCCUAAAGCUAGAAAACUUUCUUGGGAUGAGCUUUAUAGUGUGUUAGUGAUUUAGUUAUCAGUGUACUGUUAGUGAUGCCUCUGGAUAAAGAAUUGAAGUGGAAGGUUUGAACAUUGCUGAUUUGAAGACACCUGUCUGAAACACCUGUGUAAAAGAGAGACCAGGCUGUCUGGUCUUUUGACCCGAAACACAGGAUCCAAAAUAUUGACUUAAACUCUUGUUGGGAGGUUAUUUUGGAGAAGACUAAAAACAAAUCAAGAUGGAGGAUGUGCUGUGGGCGGUUGUUGUCGGUUUUAUAAUCGCCUUCAUCCUCGCGUUUGCUGUCGGCGCAAACGAUGUUGCUAAUUCCGUUGGAACGUCUGUGGGUGCGAAAGUCCUGACGUUACGCCAAGCCUGCAUACUGGCCAGCGUGUUCGAGCUGUUAGGAGCGGUCCUGAUCGGCGCCAGAGUGUCGGACACGAUACGGAAGGGGAUCGUUGAUGUGAACGUGUACAACGGAACUGAGGAGCUGCUAAUGUUUGGGAAUGUGGCUGCACUAUCAGGCAGUGGGAUCUGGCUACUAGUGGCCACCUUUUUCCGCCUGCCGGUGUCGACAACACACAGCAUUGUGGGAGCGACCAUCGGCUUCACUCUAGUGGCGGCAGGAACAAACGGCGUGAACUGGUCCAAAGUCGGCCUCAUCAUUGGAUCCUGGGUGAUUUCCCCUAUCAUGUCUGGACUCAUCACUUCAGUAUUCUUCAAGUUUGUGGAGUUUUUCAUCUUGAAAAAGGACAAUGCGGCUGAGAGAGGUCUGAAGUUCCUACCAGGAUUUUAUGCUUUCACUCUGAUCAUCAACCUGUUCUCUAUAUUCUACACCAGAACUCCAUUACUUGGGUUUGAUAAGAUCCCCCUGUACGGUGUGUUCAUCCUGAGUUUUGGAGGAGGGCUGCUGACAGGUCUGAUGGUCUGGCUGUUUGUGGUGCCAUGGAUGAGGAGGAAGAUCCAAGACAUGUGUGGAGAAGAAAAAAACCUGGUGGACUCAGAACAUGACAGGAGUAAACCCCAUGCACGCCCCGAACCCCCUGAUGGAUCGUUUGUACAAAAAAUUCAAGAGGAGUCGAAGGCCAACAUGUCCCAGAGCCAGUCCAUGUGGCGCCAGUCCAUAGAACACUUCGCCAACGCAUUCCCCAUCACAAUCAUCGGAAACUCUGUCAAGUACGACAAGGCUCAGAUCAUCAACGAGAAAGCAGACUCGAAGGACGAGGAAGAGAAUCUCAAGAACGCCGCGUCACCGCCGAACGGCGUGAUCGCUCCCGAGAACGGCAUCAUCGUUCCCGCCGACGCUAACAUGAACGCAAAGGAGAAAUCCUACAGCCCUGAAGCCAAUGGGCACAUCUGUAACGGUGACGUAGUAACCAAUGGAGAUGUAGUAAGCAACGGAGACAUCGCAAGCAAGGAGGACACUCACUACGGUACCUUGCUGUCAAAAGACGUGGAAGAGAAACUUGAGGAUCACGAGGAUCCGACCUCACAUCUGCACAUCGAGGAAACCAAGGACAGACCGGAGGUGGGGAAACUGUUCCAGUUUCUGCAGGUGCUGACGGCAGGAUUCGGGGCGUUCGCUCACGGAGGCAACGAUGUCAGUAAUGCUAUCGGCCCUGUUGUGGCGCUGUGGCUCGUCUACCAGGAGGGGAGCGUUGCGCAGAAGUCUGCCACGCCGCUGUGGAUCCUGGCGUACGGCGGCGCCGGUAUGAUCAUUGGACUCUGGGUGUGGGGCCGCAGGGUCAUCAAAACCAUCGGGGAGGACCUGACUGCUAUCACCCCCUCCAGUGGCUUCACUAUCGAGAUCGGAGCGGCCACAACUGUUCUGAUCGCUUCCAAUAUCGGCAUUCCUAUCAGCACCACACACUGCAAGGUUGGUUCUAUCGUGUUUGUUGGUUGGCUGAGAUCCAAAGCAUCGGUGGACUGGAAACUUUUCCGUAACAUUGUGUUUGCCUGGAUCAUCACACUACCUGUGGCGGGAGGCGUGUCUGCCGGAAUCAUGGCCCUCUUACGACUCGCGCUAUGAUCAGCAACGGCGUGAAUUCUACCUCUCUAACCAGAGACAGGGCUCGAAAUACUUCUUUCUGCAUACCUGCACUGUAACAUUGAAAAUUACCUGUACCAGACAAGUUUUACCUGCACUGGUCUACUCAGAAUUUAGGAAGUAUGGAAAAAUAUUGAGAAACCAUUGCUGUUAAAUUAUACAUGUAAUUUAAUGUAUGCAUACAUGUACAUGUACAUGUAGGUGGUAACCGUCAAUACAGCUAGUGAAAAUCUAC